GUCAGUCGGGCUCAAGCACGCUAUACACCGUCCUCCUCUCCGGCUCCCUGUCUGCCGAGACCUCCGUCAUAUUGGCUGCUAGAGGCAGCUGCGACCACGGCAGGAGCGGAGACCCCUACCAUGGCGAGGAACGGGCUUCUGCGGCACUCAAAGAACAACUGAGCUCAGUUAUCAUUGGACUGGUGUUCAACUGGUUAAUGUGGGAAUAUUCGGGAUGGUACCUCCAAGUAUCCGCGAACCUCUCGUGCUUUCAUCCGACACCGUGGUCCGCAGAGGGGAUAUGUGCCUGACUUCUCUUAAUAGCCAUUUUCUGCAGACAAAGAGAGCUGUUGAAUAGGCUUCCACAAGGCAUCCGGGUCCCAGGGGCUCCUGUUGAUGAAGCAAGUGGGCAACAUGUGGAGCAACCUGAAGAACAAAUGCCAGACGCUGUUCCAAAACAACAGUUCAGGACUCAGUGAGACCAGGGUUGAGGCAGAUGCUGUCCACUGUGUGGUGGAUCUUUGCCAAGGAGGCAGCUCAGGUGAUGCACAUGCAUCAGGAGCCUCCAGCCCAACACGGAGCCUCCUACCAGUGCCAAUGGUAACAUCAGGGCGGCGCCAUCACAACUGUGUGUCGGACAUCCCUCAGAUAGUAGAGAUUAGUAUCGACAAGGACGCAGAGGAUGUGCGAGGUGGGUCGGGGGCUGUUCCCCAUGCCAGGAGAGACUCCUAUUCCCGUCAUGCUCCAUGGGGGGGCAAGAAAAAACACUCAUGUUCCACCAAAACCCAGAGCUCUCUGGAAGCAGAUAGGCGUUCUGGGCGUUUACGGGGGAGUGGGAACCGUAGGGAAAGGCGUUAUGGAGUCAGCUCCCUCCAGGAGAUGAGUGACUCUGGAGGACGCAGUCUAAAUUCCCGGUCUUUGCGUCAACGGCUAAGCGAUACAGUGGGACUGUGCUUACCCCUACCUGCUCGUAGACGCUCUCGUUCAUCAAAGAACCCUGUCACCUCUAAACGUAAGAUUCACCUUACAGAGCUCAUGCUAGAAACGUGCCCCUUCCCACCAGGCUCAGACCUUGCUCACAAGUGGCACUUGAUCAAGCAACACACAGCACCGGUCAGCCCGCAUUCCUCCACUGCCCUGCUUGAUGCCUUUGACCCGGCCCAGACCUCUCCUGAGGAUGAAGAGGAACGCCUACGUGAGCGCCGCCGACUUAGCAUUGAGGAAGGUGUGGACCCACCACCUAAUGCACAGAUCCACACCCUGGAGGCCUCAGUGCCGGGCUCCUCUCUCUACAAACUGGGACCAAAGAUGGCUCCUGGCAUUGGAGAAGCCUCUGGGGAUGGCCGGGCCUCAGGGACUGGCAGCUCCUUGGGUGCUGGAUCAUCAGGGGCAUGUGGGCCAGUGCCGGGGGCUUCAGCGUCAACUCAGGACUGUGACUCUGAGGAGGAUUCAACCACCCUCUGUCUACAGGCCAGGAGGCCCAAGCAGAGGCAUGCCUCUGGGGAUGGUCACCUGAGCCGGCAGCAACCUGGCCCCUGGAAGGUUCACACCCAGAUAGACUACAUCCACUGUCUGGUGCCUGACCUAAUGCAGAUCACAGCUCUGCCCUGUUACUGGGGUGUGAUGGACCGCUAUGAGGCUGAGGCUCUGCUGGAUGGACGGCCAGAGGGCACCUUCCUGCUGCGUGACUCCGCCCAAGAGGACUACCUCUUCUCCGUUAGCUUCCGCCGUUACAACCGCUCACUGCAUGCCCGCAUCGAGCAAUGGAACCACAACUUCAGCUUUGACGCUCAUGAUCCUUGUGUAUUCCACUCUUCCACCGUCACAGGACUGCUCGAGCACUACAAGGACCCCAGCGCCUGCAUGUUUUUUGAACCGCUGCUCACAGCACCUCUCCAUCGAACCUUCCCCUUUGGGCUGCAGCACCUGGCACGAGCUGCCAUCUGCCGCUGGACCACAUACGAUGGAAUAGGCUCUUUGCCGCUGCCCCCUGCCCUACAGGACUUCCUCAAGGAGUAUCACUAUAAACAAAAAGUACGAGUACGCUGGCUGGAGAGGGAACCGCCACUCAAGGUCAAAUAGGUCGGGCUUCUCCUUCGCCUGCACACACACACUGCAGCCGGAUCACAGAACUUGAGAAAUUCCUCAUUAGUCAAUUAGAGGCUAUACUGAUGUCUGUUCUCUUUCUGGUGAGCGAUCGACUUUAAGUGUAACAAGCUAUACCAGAUUCAUUCUAGUCUUUGUUUUAGUUAUUACUUACAUCACAGAAAAUACAUAUGAUUAUAUUCAGUAUAAUGCUCUCUGGCAAGCACAUGUUUUUGCGUUGAACAGGUUAUUUUGACAGGAAGGGAAAGCACAAAUAUCAGUGCUUUUUGUCUUUUCUCUCCGCUUGUGCUAAAUGUCUGCCUGAUCCCACAACAUCACCCUGUAGACCUGCCUGCAUGCCUCCCAUGUUCAUCCCAAGUUACUAUCUGGGCCUACAUGGCUACGUUGUACAGUUCACUUUGUGCUUUUUCAAUUUUUUCCCCCCUAUUUUAUUUCCUUAGCUUGUUAAAGCACCUAGUGGAGCACCUUCCCAGAAUGGUUUUACGAUGUGUUAGGGUUCAGAGGGCAUCUGGAGGUGCUAUUGGUAAAUUGCAGUCAGAGCUUGUCCCAUGGAUAAAGCUAAAUAAGGCACAUUCUUUGCCAUCUCUUUGCACGCAUUAGGAUCAGCUAAGCCAGAGAAAGGAACAGAUUCUGAGGGGGUCCACAGAGUUCAGGACAGCAAAUCAGGGAAAUUAAGUGCUUUCUAAGGAUAAUAGAUAAGUCCUUAGAAACUCAAGUUCCUUCUUAAACAACAAAUCAGUCUGUGUCCUAUUUAGUGAAAUCAACAUUUUUCCAUACUUGUGCAGAAUUGCUUUGGAACUAGAUGGCAGAUUGAGGAAAUACUCAAAUCUUGUUACAGACGUCAAUAGUGGCCGAUCAGUUCUUCCCUGGCCGCAGGCUCUUCAACUCUUUGCACAUGUUCAUCCAGUCCCAAUUCAUCAUCACCUAUAUCGAUUCAACCUGUAUAAAAGUUAUCUCCUAGUGUAACAUUUGAGCAGUCUGGUGUCUUUAUGGAAUUGCACUAUGGCUUUAUAGGGUUUAGUUUUACACCUCUUUAGUUCAAUCAACUCUUUUUUAGUGGCAUCUGGCUUCACAGGGUUUGACCCUGUGUCCAAUUUGGUCAUUUUUCUUUUAUUUUCAGCAUACUCUUGUAACCUUGGUGCAGCUAGCUAUGCACUAUUGUGAGGAAUACUAACAGGUGUUGAAGUUAGGGGUGCAUGAGACAAGUUGCAGCUGAGGACAAUCAAAUCAAAUUCAAAAUGCCAGUGUCCCUUUAAACAUGACUGACUUUAAUCUGCUCAAACUACUUGACUUUGACUCGGAAGGGGCUCCUCCAUGUGAAACCCCUUAUAAUAUAAUAUCAUAAAUGUGGAGGACAGAUGAUGUAAAAUUAUAGUUUCUUCUGAGAAUCUGCUAAUGGAGAUAGUAGAGCAAAACUACCAUGAUCAGAUUGCUUCUUAUUUCACUUCCCUUCUGAAUUAAUAUUUAUUUUAAUUAUGUGGAGCUGUUUUUAUGAAGCGCAACGUGUCUCCAACAGGAAAGUGGUCAUGGGGGCAUUUCUUGGGAGUUGACCCCUCCACAACUUAUUACUAAGAAGACUCAACCCCAACAAAUCCUUCUUGAGAGGUCGGCAUAUACUUGAGAGCUUUAGUUAUGUAAUCACAAUGAUUUUAGUUUGUGCUUCUCGGGGGAAAAAAACACUGCUGGUAGAAAACAAGUGUAACCUACGUGCCUUUUUUUUUUUAGAAAACCAUUUGUCUCGUUCCAUAAUCAGUCCAAACCUGGAGAGAUGGAUGCUCUCAAAUGACACUGAAAAGAAGAACCACGCAAGGUGCAGGAGCUCAUGGCUCACUCACUUCUGAUAUUCUUUAAAAUCUGUGCAUCAGACAAAAGAUCAGUGGUGCUAUGUUGGUUUAGACAUGACAGGUUAUAAAAAUAAGUUUUACAUUAGUUACAUCUCACCCACAGAUGCAUGCAUUAGUCGCCACAUUAUGGGUUGUGUGGUAAGUAGUAUUAGGUCGUUAGAGGGUCCAAUGCCAGCCCUACGGUAGCAAUUAUCUGUGAUAGAUAUCCAUGUUUGUCUUGUCCUCACAAGUGUAGGGUCUUAGCUACAACUUGCGCAACAAAUCUCGAUGAGAGGGCGAGAAGGUAAAAUCUAUACUGUGAGCAUGUUAAUAAGAAUAAUUCAGCUUCUAAUGACGGUGCUCAACCUCGCUAGCCAUAAGCAGUAGUGUUUGUUUGACAUUAGUCACCUCAGUGUUUCCCACAGAUGUAUUUCAUAUUUGCUGUUACAGGGGGUUAACAUGCAUAAAGGCCACUAACAGAUUCCAAGUGAAAGAUACAUGAAACGAAGAGAAACGGAAAUUCUCGCGGGAGUGACAAAAUUGCAUUGAUGCCUUAACUGUAGCUAAAACUAUGAGGUCUGUGUCUGCAUAAACAGUUAAAACAUUAUGGACCGUAGUGCGAACACGCGGUAGUACAACCACAUGGAAGUGCCACAGCGUGAGUGAGCAGACUGCAAAUAGUGCUUCACAUACCAAGUAGGAGAUCUCUUUUACUAUAAGGGGGGUCAAACUAAAUAUGGGGGGGCCGCUGCAAUCUAUUCAAUGAGAAACACUGGUUAAUAUUAACAAAUCACAUGCACAUGACAUGUUGGAGAUUGAGACAGGUGCAGAGAAGACAGCAGAUUCCCUACAAUACAUCAAACUUAACUACAAAGCAUGUAAAUGAAACCCUGCAAGUAAUGCAUAAAACAAGAACAUUGUUUUUGAAACAGACGAGCUGAUGAUCACUGGACAGGUUCAUCUGUAAAUGUUCUCAAACAAGUGAUUUUUUUCAGUCUGUAUGUGUCAUGGCUUAUCAUUACACACUUACUGUACAUUAAAGGUUAUUUUCAUUCUCAUUGAGGAUUUCAUGCCUCUGCGUCGAAUUCAGGCCGUAGGUGCACACGUAGUCUACAUACGUGGCCGAGCACUGAUAGUUGUGCGUUGGUGAAUGUGAGUCGUGUUGCAAUGAAUGAAGAAAAAGAAAGGUUGUCCACAUUCGUUUCUUCAACUCCAUUCAAAAGUGGUGCUGAGUCGUUGGAAAUACGAUGCUACCCAGCGGAGCAAUAACAGCUCUUGCGGUAAAUUUCCGGGGAGGUUUACAUCAGCGUACAGCGUCGGCGCUGUGUUGGGUACACAGCCAAGCAUAUGCUACGGCUUAGCUUUGAUACAGAAGCUUGCAUUAGGAUUUAGACUGCUCUUUGCAUCAACAUAUUUCUGCAAAUAGCUAGCCAUGUCCACCUCAUCUACACCCUGAAACUCAAAAAUCCAUUUUCACAUAUUUAUAAGUGACUAGACAUAUUCGCUGCAGGUGGUUAAUGAGAUGGAUAGAUGAUAGAAAGAUAGAUUACUUUAUUCAUCCCCGAAGGGAAAUUAAGUCGUCAUAGCAGGCGGUACAUUUGAAUACAAUAAAAUACAAUACAAUAGAAUAUGAAGUUAAAGGAGUUCAUAUUUCUCAUAUAACUGACCUGAAGUUUUACCUUCCACACUGCUUUGUGAAUUGAUCAACAUUACCUCCCAUAAAGCCUGGAACCUUUUCACUGCCCCAAAAUUAGUCAAAUGUGUUUUUAUGGUUAAUUUGUUUAUAAACGGACAAAAUUGCCCAUCAAUAUACUCAGUAACCAUAAUGACAAAUGAAAAUGUUUUUACAAAUAUUGGCCACUUUACAUUAGGUUUUGUUGGAGCAUCCUCACAGCCUCUGAAUUAAAUUUAAAAUGAGAUUUCUACACCCCUGGAUCUGGGCAGUUCAUCCCAAAAUCUCAUUAUCUGUCAGAUCAGAUUAGAAACGGUGAGCUGCAGCUUCACGUCUCUCAAAUGUUCAGAAAGCUUCAGAAACCUUAUCAUUCAAAGCUGAACCAUCAUCGUUCUACCCAAAUGCUCUUUGACAAACUCGGUGCAGACUGUCAUAUGUCUUUGAUAUUACUGGGGUACUGCUGAGAUGGUCAUCCUUCCACCAGGUUCUACCACCUCGGAGUGCUCCUGGUGCUCUGUUUGAGUGACUAAUCUCACACUUCUUCCAAUUUACAAUUACCAAUGCUGCUGGGCUCCUGUGAACACACAAAGCAGAGAAUUGGUUUUAAUUCCUUGUUACGAUCUAUGCGUCGCCACAAUUGUAUCUUAUGUGCAGAAGCGAAUGCCAUUUUAAACAAUGUGGAAUCAUUUAAUUUUGUCACAGAUGGACUCCAGUCAGGUUCUAGAGAACUCUAAAACAGGAUGUACCUGACCACAGCUUGUAGUGCUAUAUCUCAGUAUUUGAAUAAAUUAAAAUCAAUUAAUAGUUUGAUUUCACUUGCAAAAAUUAAUUAAGGACUGACUGUGUAAUUUUUGGUUUUUGAUUCUAGGUUGAUGUAAAAACGCUCAUUUUAAAAUACAAUAUUGAACACAACAAAGUGCAAAAUGUUAAGAUAUCUGAAUUAUCUUUAAGACCUCUGCAUCGGUUUUAAACACCCAUACAUCACACUAUCUUCCAUUUUGCUCUCUGCCACUUUCUUAUGCUGCGGCUAAGCAGUAGCAUUUAACUUCUGACUGUACCCCACCUGACCUGAAGACACUAAUCACAUGCUAACUUUUAUCAAGUUGGGAUAUAAAUUGGGUGCCAUAAGCGCCACUCUGUUGCCUCACGGCUGUUGUAUGAUUAAUGCCAUUUUUUUAUUUUGUCCUACUACUCUCCAUCUGGCCAUAUCCCUAACAUCACUGGAUAGAGAUGACUUUGGUUUAGAGAGAACUGAAGGCCUGUUUGUCCUGUCCUCUACUCUUUCUCCAACCCUGCUUGGGACUAUGUUAGGCUCAAGUUAAACUUCAGGAGCAAGAGGAGAGAUGGGGCUGGGUGACUGUUUUGGCAACAUGCUCACAGAGACAACGAGGGAUCUGUUGAAGUAAAUAGCACUUUAAUUGUGUAUUUGUGUUCUGCAGUGCAAUCUGCAGGUGUUGGGACAGUGACACGUUUUUUGUUAUUUUGGCUCUUUACUACAUGAGUUGGGCUUAAUGACUUGCAGCUUGAACUGUAAUCCUAUUGGGUGAACAUGGUAGAAAUUUUGCCAGUUUUUGUGUGUGGUCUUUAAAUGAAUACGGCCAAAGGCUAUAGCUGCUUUCAGACAUGCACUGAACUCCGGAUAAUCUGGACAUUUUUGCGGAGAGUCUGAAUGUGUAAAUGCAAAGUCGAGAGAUUCCGGAUUCACUCUUGAGUUUUUCUGGCCAGCCCCUUUGGAGAAUGUCCAGAUAAGCCCAUGUGAGAACACAGCAGGAGAUUUCGAUGCGAGCGAGUAAAUGUGUUGACAAUUUUAUUACACGACAGACACAAAACUAAACAAAAAUAAUACAAUAUCUCGGUUUGAAAAAGAGGUGCCAUACACGUAGAAGAUGAAGAUGUAAAGAGAGUUUUUGGCUGCCUGCUGCACCAACCACCCUCUGAACACCCUCUGAUGUCUGAGUGGAGAAACUCCUGUAGCUUUGUUCAUUUGUGCCCCAAGAUACUCAACCCCAAAUUGACCUCUGCCCUUCUCAUAGAAAAAGUGCUGCCCAUGAAUGCACUGUCUCAAUGUGAAUGGCAAAAACCUGUACUCUAAAGCGCUUUGAGAGGUCAUCAGGACUAGAAAAGUGCAUAAAAAUACAGCUCAUUCAUGUCUGAAAUAGCUAUACAAUGGUGAUGUUCAGGGAGACAUGUAACUGAAGCCAUUUUCAUUCUGGCUUGUUGACUUCAGUCAGGUUGUCAACAAGUGGAACCUCCUCCGUUGCACUGAGGUUAAGACUUGGCCAGUCAUGGACAAUACAUUUCCUGGGCUGUCUUGUUUAUAAGAUAAUGAACCUUGCUAGCCUGCUUUAUCUUGAAAUUGCAUAAAAUCAUGUGUUCCCACUCUGCUCACCCAAAAUGGAUUUGAACCGUCUGAAAUAUGAGGGGAAGAAUCUGGGAGUUAGCACUUUAACCUCAUAGUCAUUGUUUCAUGACCAGUACGCUGCACUUCAAAACGACUCAAAGCGUCCCACUGUCCAAAUACUUGUAGCCGGCACUGAUAGUAUUUAGCUCAAGAUGGCGAGACUUGUGUUAGGAAAUAGCCGGCGGUCUUGAAAUCUUUCACGGAUGGUCAGUUGUUGAAAGCCGCAUCGAUGGAGGUGUGUUCUCUACCACGCUGCAGACUGUGUGUGUGUUACGUGGUAGUAUAUAAGUGAAUGGACUGAGCCACGCAGAGGGUUCUUAUGGAGGGAAAUGUAGAGUUGGCUGUGAGGGGUGACGACAGUGACUCCAAUGAACGCCUCUCUGACCCGUCCCCUUCACCCCCCAACCCUCACCCCUCUUAUUCUCAGGCAGGCGCGUCACAAAGGAGAGUCCCAGGACCCUCUCUACCUAGUUUUCCCCAUGGGAAAUAAUCUGAUGUUAAGCGUAGCACAUGUUUGCCAUAUAACCCAUAGAUUUUAGUAGAAGAAGAAGAAAAAACAUUGUAUGUAUGAUGAAUGAUAGAAUUGUGUAAUUGGAGCCUGAAGAAAAAGACGUUUUAUUCUUCUGUGGUGCAUCAGCUGUCUGUCACACACCAUGACACUUCUUCUAACACCUGCACUAAACACACACACACCCCAUUACCCCACCCUAAGUCAGGGAUGUGUAUGGACCACAUUUAGCCAGCACCACCUUUCUGUGUGACCCCCCCCCCUCAAUAAAGGGACAACAAAGAUGGGUGUUUGUGUAUAUUCUGUGUUGUUAUAAAAAAAAACUAAAUGCCAUGAAUUGAACUAUUUUGACCUUACAUUGUCAUUAGCAUGACACUAUUUAGCUGCACUAAGAGGUCCUCGUUUGUUGCAAGAAACCACUGGGUCUGGUCCGGAUGAGGGACAGGCUGGUUAAUGUCGCGAGCAACAGCAACACCCCUGGAUGUAGGACCUCCACCCACCCACCUUGGUACGACUCACGGUUUCAGCUCUUUGAGGACAAAAAAAGAUAUUUUAAAGAUUUCUUUUCAUCUUCCCAUAUAUAUUUUAGAAAGCUGGAUCAAGUGCUAUAUGCAAACAGAAAAGAUGUAUGAAAGAAUUAUUUUUCAUUAUUACUUCUCCCUAAUAUGCAAUGGAGUGUAGUGUAACAAUGGUUGCAAUCCUCUGUCACUUUAAUGCUGUAUGUGCACAUUGGUUGCUUUGUGGAUGUGGGUGCCGAGGCAACAGGACUUGACAAUGAUGGGAACUAAUGGUUGUCAGUCUGCAGCGCCGGCGUGUUCCCAGACUGCCUUAUUCGUUCUGACCAUUCACAAGAGCCCUGUUUGAAAACCGAGGGGGUGCAGCCACUACCACGGGCUGACCAAGCCGCAGUCAGAUGAAUAUCGCUGUUCCAUUUUCUUCUGCUUUUCCCUUGCUUUUUUUCUUCUUUUAUUUUUAAAACCUUUUCUUUCUUUUUCUAUUCUUCUGCUGUCAGUUAAGAUUUGGAGCGUGUAAAUGGCAUAAUCAUGUUCACAUCUCACUGUCUGUUCUGUGUAUCUGCUUCACCAUUCAAUGAAAAAAAAACAGUUGUUUUCCAGUAUAACCUGUUCAUUUUUAAGAGCCGUAUGGUGCGACACUUGUAGCUGUCACUCUUGGUGCUUGGCUUAUGCUUCAUUGUCUUAAUAUUCCAAAUAAAACUGUUAAGUGUAAUCCACACUGGCCCAUGA